UCAGAUUGUCGCGUCAGCUUUAAGCUACUUGAAUUUUUUGGCACAAAUUCAAAAAGCCCUCACUCCGCAGUAAAACCUACGCUACUUUCCCGAUAUAUAUAUACACACAUAUUCACAACUCAGGCUACAGAAUAUUACGCUUCACAAUCUCUGCCGCGCUACGUGUGUGUGUUUUUCCAUCUCGAACAGCGCAGCGAAAAUCUAAUGGCGCUUCCGAAUCAGCAGACUGUUGAUUACCCCAACUUCAAGCUUGUAAUCGUUGGCGAUGGUGGCACUGGAAAAACCACGUUUGUGAAGAGGCAUCUCACUGGUGAAUUCGAGAAGAAAUAUGAACCUACUAUUGGUGUGGAAGUUCAUCCCCUGGAUUUCUUCACAAACUGCGGGAAAAUCAGAUUCUAUUGCUGGGAUACAGCUGGUCAGGAGAAAUUUGGUGGCCUUAGGGAUGGAUACUACAUUCAUGGGCAAUGUGCGAUCAUUAUGUUUGAUGUAACAGCUCGAUUGACCUACAAGAAUGUUCCAACAUGGCAUCGUGAUCUUUGCAGGGUCUGUGAGAAUAUCCCGAUUGUCCUUUGCGGGAACAAGGUUGAUGUCAAAAACAGGCAGGUGAAGGCCAAGCAGGUCACUUUCCACAGGAAAAAGAACUUGCAGUAUUAUGAAAUAUCAGCCAAGAGCAAUUACAACUUUGAAAAGCCGUUCUUGUAUCUGGCUAGGAAACUUGCUGGUGAUCCUUCAUUGCACUUUGUCGAGUCUCCAGCUCUUGCGCCGCCAGAAGUCCAAAUUGAUUUGGCUGCACAGCAACAACACGAACAAGAGCUUCUUACAGCUGCUAGUCAGCCCCUCCCUGACGAUGAUGAUGAUGCAUUUGACUGAGAAUGUGGGCCCUACUCUCCAACAUAUAGAUCAUAUGAUUGCGAACUUUUCUUUCAUUCGAUAAGGAUUUUUUGUUUGGUAGAUUGUAGUAGAGGGGUUUGGAGGUUUUUGCAUGGAUUGUGAUUUGAUUAUGGGCUGUGGGAAGAUGAUUUUUAUCUUCUAUGUGUUGUUUAGAUACACUAUUUGUAUCCUUUAUUAGUUCACAUUUACAAUUGAGAUCUUUUAUGUUUUACUACUCUCUCUGAUUUCUUUGAAAAUACAGAUUUAUUUGCUAUGGGA